AUGACAGUGCGAAUCCCUGGCCCGGGGCUGUGGUCGCGCGGUCAUCCUCUUCGAUUUUGCAGAAGAGCUGGGGGGUUGUCUGUCCCUCUCUCCCACCCACCGCGGCGCCAUGGCUCCUCCGCCAGCGCAUCGCUGAAGAAGCACACUUGGCUCCGCGUCACGGUCGUGACUGUGGCCGCGGGGGCAAUUGGAGCCUACAUCCGAUCGAAACAAGAUGCUGGAAACACGACUCUAAAUCCCCUAACCUUUGCUCACUACAGGCUUGUCUCCAGGCAGCCCGUGUCGUCGACGAACAGCAUUUUCACACUUGAUCCCGUCAGACCGGGACACAACCGGGAAACGUACGAAUCCGCAUGGCAGACGGGAGUGUGGAGUGUCAUGUUCAAACAGCCCCAGUUGCAGAUUGGGAGAGACUACACGCCUCUUCCUCCAGUAGGGGAGGGAUCGAAUGGUGGGGAUAGUCAAUCCGAGGGGGACGAGUCACUGCGGUUUCUUAUCCGGCGAGAUCCUCAUGGAGAAGUAUCCCGCUACCUCCACGGCCUUGAGAUAGGAGCGGAGAUCGAGAUACGAGGGCCACAGACGGAAUGCCCGAUCCCUUCUGACGUGCAGGAUAUUCUGUUCAUUGCCGGUGGGACAGGAAUCGCCCCAGCUCUACAAGCAGCUUAUACGCUUCUGAGACGCACCACGGAUACCAGGAAACCACGGAUGCACAUUCUUUGGGCUAGCAGGAAGAGAGAGGAUUGCUUGGGUGGUGUGAGCGACACCAGCACCGACGCACCCACGAAAUCGUCGUGGUGGAAGUUUGGAGGUUCCACGAAACCCAGCUCUCCCUCGUCGUCGUCGACGUCGCCAGCUCCAGCUACCACGGGUGCCGUCGUGCGGGAACUGCAGACCCUGAAAUCACAAUACCCUGGCCAGCUUACUGUUGAUUAUUUCGUCGAUGAGGAGAACAGCUUCAUCAGUAAGAAGGAUAUCCGUGACUUCGUUGAGUCAGUCUCUUCUUCAGGCAGCCCGCAGAAGAGGAUGAUUCUAGUCUCCGGGCCAGAAGGAUUCAUAAGCUAUAUGGCCGGACCCAAGAUAUGGGGUGGGGGUCGACAGCUUCAGGGCCCAGUUCAAGGGAUCAUCAAAGAACUUGAUCUCCAAGGCUGGACUGUGUGGAAGCUAUGA